AUAUGCUACCUCGAGAUUGAUUCCCUUACAGGCAUUUACAGGGGAAAAAAAGAAAUGCAAUGGAAAUUACAAAAGACUAGGCAUAAACUGACAGCGACUGACAACCAAUAUGCAAAAGAAGACAAACUGUGAAAAUAGAGCAAAAUCAUAAUAUUGAGAACAUGAGGAGUAAAGAGUCCUUGAAGUGAGUUUGCAGGUCGUAGAAUCAGUUAAGAGCAAUGGCGAAUACUCUAACGCUUCGGUACACCCGGCUCGAUGGUAGUAGCGAGAGGAAGUGUUACAGAUGGUGAGGAAGUUCAGUGCAAGUAGACAAUCGGGCAAAGUCAUACCCGGAAUUGGCUUGAAAACAGAAAUGGAAGUGGAGAAUUAUUUGGAGAAUGAGAAGAGCACUGUUCAGACCUGAAACUACAACCCUGUGAUUAAGCUGCAGUAUGGUUACUUGGCUGUAUCUAUCACCUGUGGAUUGCUAGCAGAACAGCAAAUAGUGUACCAAGAGAAGAAGCUCCCUCCCUAUGAGCUUUGGAUUUAUCACUGGUAUAGAACAGCACCAAGGGCUUUUGGAACUUACCCUGGUGAAGAUCGGGUGAUGUCAUCGUGUACAAUGCUUCUUUACUCAAGAUGGAGUUGUCCUGCAUCACUUUUGCGACGUGUACCUGCCAUUUGCUUAAAUGUAGAUUGCAGUGUUGCUCUCUGGAUAUUUAGCUUUGCCAUCAGGGUCAUAGUGUUGGAAGGUCAAAUCAAUUACCCAACUGUGAAUACGCAUUAUGGAAAACUACGGGGGAUUCGAAUUCCCUUGCCAAGUGAGAUUCUUGGGCCCGUGGAUCAGUACCUGGGAGUUCCAUAUGCUGCUGCUCCUGUUGGGGAGAAACGGUUUCAGCCACCAGAACCUCCACCUUCCUGGUCUGGGAUACGCAAUGUUACUCACUUUUCCCCUGUCUGCCCACAGAACAUUCUUGGUAUGGUACCGGAAAUCAUGUUACCAAUCUGGUUCACGGCUAAUUUGGAUGUAGUUGCAACUUACAUCCAGGAUCAAAAUGAAGACUGCUUGUAUCUAAACAUCUUUGUCCCCACAGAGGAUGUAAAAAGAAUAUCGAAGGAAUGCACAAGAAAACCCAACAAGAAAAUAUGUAGAAAAGGAGGAGCCAACGCAAAGAAACAGGGCGAUGAUCUUGCUGAUAAUGAUGGCGAUGAAGAUGAAGAUAUUCGUGACAGUGGGCCCAAACCAGUAAUGGUAUAUAUUCAUGGAGGUUCGUAUAUGGAAGGAACAGGAAAUAUGAUUGAUGGCAGCAUAUUGGCAAGCUAUGGCAAUGUCAUUGUUAUCACACUCAACUACCGUGUUGGUGUCCUGGGUUUCCUAAGCACUGGUGAUCAAGCUGCAAAAGGCAAUUAUGGACUUCUGGAUCAGAUCCAGGCCCUACGCUGGAUCAGUGAAAAUGUAGCCUUCUUUGGAGGGGAUCCUUUGCGGAUUACAGUUUUUGGAUCUGGGAUUGGCGGAUCAUGUGUCAGUCUUCUCACUCUGUCUCAUCAUUCAGAAGGCCUUUUCCAAAGAGCAAUUAUUCAAAGUGGUUCAGCCUUAUCAAGCUGGGCAGUGAAUUAUCAGCCCGCAAAAUACACAAGAUUACUGGCAGAGAAGGUGGGUUGCAACAUGCUCGAUACCCUCGACAUGGUGGACUGCCUGAGACAAAAGUCCUACAAGGAGCUAGUGGAGCAGGAUAUUAAACCAGCACAGUACCAUGUUGCAUUUGGCCCAGUCAUCGACGGAGAUGUAAUACCAGAUGAUCCUGAAAUUCUGAUGGAGCAGGGAGAAUUUCUAAAUUAUGACAUUAUGUUGGGAGUCAACCAGGGAGAAGGAUUCAAAUUUGUGGAAUGGAUAGUGGAUCAGGAGGAUGGCAUAUCUGGAAGUGACUUUGAUUUCACUGUCUCUAAGUUUGUGGAUAAUCUUUACGGCUACCCCGAGGGCAAGGAUACACUCCGGGAAACAAUCAAGUUCAUGUACACAGACUGGGCGGACCGUGACAAUCCUGAGACACGACGGAAAACUUUAGUGGCUCUGUUUACUGAUCAUCAGUGGGUGGAGCCUGCAGUGGUAACAGCUGACCUACAUGCUCGCUAUGGCUCUCCUACAUAUUUCUAUGCUUUUUACCAUCACUGUCAGAGUGACAUGAAACCAGCCUGGUCUGAUGCCUCCCAUGGUGAUGAAAUGCCCUAUGUCUUUGGAAUUCCCAUGGUUGGAGCAACGGAUCUGUUCCCCUGCAACUUUUCAAAAAAUGAUGUGAUGCUUAGUGCUGUCGUCAUGACAUAUUGGACAAACUUUGCCAAAACAGGUGAUCCCAACAAGCCAGUACCACAGGAUACUAAGUUCAUCCACACGAAAGCAAACCGCUUUGAAGAAGUGGCUUGGUCCAAGUACAACCCACGAGAUCAGCUUUACCUCCACAUUGGUCUGAAGCCACGAGUGCGCGAACACUACCGUGCUACCAAGGUGGCCUUUUGGAAGCACCUGGUCCCUCACCUGUACAACCUGCACGACAUGUUCCAGUACACAUCCACCACCACAAAGGUGCCCCAGCCCAAUACUACUCCCAUCUCCUAUGCGACCAGGCGUCCCAACGGCAAGGCGUGGCCCUUCACCACCAAGCGGCCAGGCUCUGGCUUGAGUCCGGCUUUCAACUCCAAUGAGCAACAGAAGGACAACUGGGAUGCAGACCAAGACAGCGGUUCCCUGCUGAUUGAGAACCCGCGGGACUACUCCACCGAACUAAGCGUCACCAUUGCAGUGGGAGCCUCACUACUUUUCCUCAAUGUUCUGGCAUUCGCUGCUCUCUACUACCGCAAGGACAAGCGUCGCAAUGACCCCCACCAGCAACCCAGCCCACAGCGCAACACCAGCAACGAUAUGGCGCAUACGCAGGAGGAAGAGAUCAUGUCACUGCAAGUGAACCAAACCCACCACGAGUGUGAGAAUAUCCAGGCUCCCGAGUCCAUGCGUCUUCCUUCACUGCCAGAUUACACCCUGACUCUCCGCCGCUCACCGGAUGACAUCCCCCUCAUGACCCCCAACACUAUCACUAUGAUCCCUAAUUCCUUGGUGGGCAUGCAGUCCCUGCAUCCUUACAACACCUUUGCUGCUGGGUUUAACAGCACAGGGCUGCCUCAUUCACAUUCCACCACUCGGGUAUAGUCCUGGGCAUUAAUCUUCCAGGAGGCGGGAGUGAAUGAGCCGCCGGGUAGAGAUCCCUUCCUACAUUGACUACUCCAGCCUGCUGGAUUUUAACAACCAUCCAAUUAACAUGUGCACUGCGCCAUCCUUACAAAAGGCUCUCUCCCUGGGAACAAAGACAUACAUUCACACCGGGCCUUCUUGUUUGAACAGGACAACUUGACAUUUUAUAUAAUAAUCAAAUUAAGAAAAAGUUUAAAAAAAAUACAAAAAUGAGGGAAAGUGAAAGUGCUUUUGUUACCAGUGCGGGGAAGCAGUGGCAGACAUCUGCCCGUCUUUAUCUCAUUGUUCACAUGCCUUAGCCAUACAGGCUGCUAUGUUCCAUGCAUUUUUUAAUCACUGUUAGAGCAGCUUAGAAUAUACUAGUACCAAGGGGAUUGGAAGAAGUGUGCACACGCUAAGACUGAAAGCAUGUCACCUGGAUUCUCCAUGGUGGUUCUCCCAGUGAGCUGCCAUACGUCCAGUGCGACUCACGAACAUACUGGAUGGUUGCAGUGAUAGAUCGGGAGAGGCUCCUGGAAAAUUCCUGGUACGCUUGGUUCUUAAUUAAACAUUAAGCACUGUCAAGAGCAGAAGGAGAGAUCAUCUCCUCAGGUUUGGUUAUUGUUUUGAGUUCAUUUCUUUUUACUCAAAUAGUCCUCGAAUUAGUUAACUCUGAAGUGGGUCCAAAACCUUUCUGCAAUGAAUGCCCUGUUGUAAUACCGGACAGUAUUAAUAGCCAAGUCAUUGAAAAGGGUAUCUAAUCCAAGAGUGCAGCAUUUUCAGCUCUCUCCAAGCUGCCAGUGAAGCUGUUCUUUUACUGCUAUUGCACUUACCUUGACAGCCUGGGAAGCAUUUUUUUGCCCACCCAUUACCCCUCUGGUUGCCCUCUCCAUAUGAUGAGCUGAAGCCCACUUAUCGGGGAAGCUCUCUGUAUUUUUGUGGCUUGACAAAAAUCUAACAAACUUUUUACAGAUCUGUUUAAUUUUCUUUGGGCUGUGUGGAGAAUAUUCAAGUAAAGCAAAUAAUACAGCUUUAGAUAGUGUGCACCCCUUGAUUUUUAUACACAGUGAAUUGUGACACGUGCCAAAUUAGAACCAGCAAAAUUUCUUGGUGGUGGUGGGUGGUGGGCGGGGGGAGGGGGGAGGGGAUUGUUUUUAACUGUGUCUGUUUUGUAUUUUGGUAUAAGCAAUCUGUUGCUGUAUGUUACUUCGUGAAAAACUAGUUUGCAAUUGAGAGGGUGCCAAGCAAUUUAGUGCCAUAGAUACACUCCAUGUCCUGACAGUUUUCAAUAAGAUUUAGGCUUCAAUCCCUGUGCUUGAUCCAGACUGGUGAAGACCAUGUUGUUAAUGGAAUGUUGUCUUCAAUCCCACAUAAAUUUCUCUCAUGAUAACCAAACUCCAUCCAAGUCUAAAACACAUUAAUCUCUUAGGAAUUUCAAAUGGAAUUUUUACAUUGUCUCAAUUCUUCACCAUACCAAGCAAUGACACAUAGUCUGCAUCCUGGUCAAAGGUUUUUAAUGAGUUUUGGAGCCUUCUUUAUGUUGUGGAUGUGUGUUUAGUAGGAUUGGAUUGAAAGUGUUAAGGGGCUGAAAUUGGUCCUCAUUACACCUGUUUUGUGGUUGGAAAAACAGGUGCAAAAUGUACUGUUUUCUGAGGAAAAUCUCCUAUACCCCGGGGGCUCCUAACAAAUGUUGGACCACAUUUUGAUUAAGUACAUUUUCUAGCAACCUUAAUUGCUGCUUCAAAUAGGCAUUAAGCAUUUUCAUAUAUAAAUCUCUGUUUUAUGCCAACUAAAUUGAACGUGACAAGCAGUGCAUUAGUCAGGUAGCUCUGCUCAGUAAGCUACACAGCUGACCCAACAGAAAAAAAAGUUUACAUUUUUAAAAUUUGUCAUAGGAGCAAGAAUAAUCAUCCUGAGUCCACUUCACUCCCAAAAACCACUAAUUAUGGACAUCAACCCAUCUCCCAUUGCCCUCUAACAAUAAAAGCUGUUUCAGUUUCUUAUUCAUUCUACGGACAAGCUCCCUUUGGAGAUGCAGUAAGCAGAUUGAGAACUUCACUGGUUGAGCACUCUCAAUGCACCAUAUGAAACCUCUCCUCCAGGGUUCCUUUCAGUACUUCCUGAACUAGACUGAAGGGAAGGAAGUAGAUAAUCACUUCCCAAAUUUGAACACAAUUUCCAAUUCUAAGUAACAGCACAUUACUCUCAAUUCCCUGAAAAUAGAAUUGGAUGCUAUUUCACUUGUUCCUCACCCUAUUAUCCAAUUUUUGAAAGUCAGAAAGUUUGGAUGAUAACGUUUGGUUAAAACUCCAAACUCUGUUUGUAACAUGGCAAAUAAUUGAUGGAAGUUCAAUUUCCAUGAUUAUAGUCAAUCUUCGCAGAUACACAAAUGAAAGACAUUUCAAGUUGCCCAUAUUUGUAAGAUGUAAGCAUUAGUUUUCAUUCAUUGCCUGUAAGUUCGUUCCCCUAUCUUCACCAUUCUAUCAUCAAUUUUUAACUAUGUCAUUCAUUGAAAGACUUCCUAUACAUUACCCUGUUUGACAGCUGGCAUCUUGCCUCUUGAGUCAGAAGGCCUUGAGUAUAAACCCUACUCCAGAAGCACAAAACCUGCUGCGGGCAUUUCUUCGCAGUACGGCAAUGCACUUCUGGAGUUGUUGAUUGAAACCCUACUGCUUCCUCAGCUAAUCAUGGCAAUUGCGCUGUGCUGCACUCUAGCCAAUAUUCCCCACUUUGCACAAUGUUUCCACAACAAAACUCGAUCAUGUUAACAUAAUUGUUUCCGGGAGCCUGAUGUGCACAAUUUAAUAAUAAUUACCAAAAUUGGCUGUGAAACACUUGGGAUGUUAAAGGCAUUACCUAAGUCUCUCUGUUCUGUGUUUGCCGUCCUACAGUAUUAUUCCUCUUUCUCUCAUUCAUUCUCUGUUCAAUUAACUCUAUACCCAUCUUUUCAUGCUAUUAUCUAAUCCUUUUGUGUAUUGUUGUUCUUCACCUUAUCAAGCAACAAUAAAUCUCAAUUAUUAUUUAUAAGGGGCAAGUUAUUGUAAUCAAACUCUAAAGUCCCACUGACCAACUGCACAUUAAAUUCUAAACUAUUUUUUCCAGCCACAGAAAAAUAAAUCAGGUUAUUUUUCUUUUGCUUGUUAGGCUUUCAUCCAAGUAUUUUAUAGCUGGAGGAAGAUUCCUGCAAUUAUCAAGUAUUUCAGCCAGCUGAUAAUAAUGCUUCCCCCACAGGCCCUACACUCUUGCCCCCGCUAAUCCUAUAGUUUUUUAGAUCUGCAAAAACCAAAUGGUGGACAUGAUCGAUGGGGAAUCAGUGAUUUUUUUUUAAGAAGAAAGCACUUCCCUAUAGACGAUUUUGUACAGUUUCUGCUUGGGUUUAUUGGGCUGAGUUAAAGAAUGUUGCACAGCAUCAACAGGCAUUUUGUGGUGUGUGGUAUCUAUCUUUCUGACCUUUCAGUUUUAAUGUUUAAUUUUGUAUUGGGGGCCACUGUGAAUUGAUAAGUGGAGUUCUGUUGGUAGCUGUAGGACUGAAGUUAUGGUUCCCUAUUGUGUCAAUGAAAGCACCUCAUUUAAACAUCUGAGCAUUUGGGUUUAGAGCAAUGAUGAUUAUGCUUUUACCUAUUUGUAAUGUUAAAACCUGUCAAAUCCUGUGCAUCUGAGAUCAUAUAGGUUAAGGGGCAAAUCUUCCAUCAUAUGUUCAUAGAUAACCCUUUGAGUACUGAGGGUACCUAAUUCCACAAAUAUCUAGAUUUUAUUUCUUCUCUGUUCUGUUUACACUGUAUUGACUCUAUAUUUCUAAUUUGAAUAUGUCUUUGUGCAGACCUUCUAAAUAUUUCUUAAUUCAUAUGACUCUCAAAAUAUUGGAAUUUGAUUUGUUUUGAUGCAGAAAUGUCCCUGCAGAACUCAAAGGGUUAACAGCCACCCUAACUCAGGAGAGCAAAACAAAAACAAGACAAAAGUCUGUCUGGAGUGUUCCCUGGAUCUUUCUAUCUGAAGAUAUAUAAGUACCAGUAAUAAUUUUUAAUCAUAUAGAAUAUAAGAUAAAAUAUAACACUGAAAUAUCUUAAUCACUCCAUAUUAGUCUGAAAGAAUAUUUUGAAAUGUACAGCGAAGGUAUUAGUACAAGGAGUCACGGUGGGAUUGCUCAAUGCGUCAUCCAGCCUUAUGACUGCAACCAAUUUACAGAUGCUGGAUACAAGCCACCAGAUAUCAGACUGUCCUUCAGGAACAUGUUGUAAAAUCACAACAUUUCUGAUGUUGUAUUAGAUUUUUGUGAUACCGUGAAGGAGGCUGGUUGGAUUCCUGCAACAUUUUUUUCUGCCCGAGUGGAUGUUACCAUACUUUUAAUUACAAAUGUAGAUAUUGGAAUCCUUCCCUAUUCCGUGACAGAAUUGCACACUAAGCCAGAGCCCAGAGUCUAUAUGUUAUACUUUAAUAAGGACCAGCUGGAACUUUGUUCUAGUUUACAAGCUCAUUCCUAGCCCCAGUAAGUGUUCCACCUCACUUUGAUCCCAGUGUGUUUUCUACAUUAAAUACUUCUUUUCUCCACGCUACCCUUUAACCGCAAUGUUUCUUUUAAUCUCUGAUUGAUGGUGGAGUGUUUCUGCAUCGAAAUAAAAUGAUAACAAAAUGCGGGAGUGUCAGUUUGUUUACUGAGCAUCUGCAUUCAUUGAUGGGUAAUAUCUACCCGUAUAUCCAAUCUUUUUUCUUCUGGAUUUAUUAAUGCAUUAUUAAAGUGAAAGACUAUGAAAAUCAUU